CUUCUCCGCCGAUGCUGCCAGACCUGCUGAGUUUUUCCAGAGAGAGACGGAAAGGAAGGAAAAAGUAUUUCCAACAAGGGGAUUGACACAGCUGCCACAAGACAAAGUGUGUUUCAAAUCACAUUUUGGCUAUAAAUGGUACAAGAGGAGCAUUGUUGCCAGUCAGUCUACUAUCACUGCGAUCGAUUCUAACUGCCUUUCCUACAGCAGAUCACUGCCAGUAUUCAUACCUGUGGUGGAUACACUAAACGCUGGCAUUAUUGUAUUAUUGCCAGGGAUACAUUUUACCCAGCUAUAUUUUUCUGAUCUCUGCCAAGAUGCCAUCCCAGCUGGAGGGUGCCAUGGAUUCACUGAUCCACAUCUUCCACAAUUAUUCUGGCAAAGAGGGGGACAAGUAUAAACUUAGCAAGGGUGAACUGAAGGACCUUCUGCAAUGUGAGCUGGGUAAUUUCCUGGCGUCUCAGAAGGAUCCAUCUCUCGUGGACAAUAUCAUGAAAGACCUUGAUUCCAAUAAAGACAAUGAGGUGGAUUUCAAUGAAUUUGUUAUUUUAGUUGCUGCUCUGACUGUUGCCUGCAAUGAGUUCUUUGAAAAGCAACUUAGAAAAAAAGGGAAAGCCUAAUGGAACUGAAAAUAUCUUAAAUGGAUAUCUUGGUGGACACCAUGUUAAAAAAUUGAUACAAGCUUAUCCCUUUCCUUUGUAGAACUGCUAUAACUUCUA